AUGGAAGCGUUGAACUCCAAAACAUUCUUCUUCAUCAGCACCACCGUGCUUUUGAUUUCCCUCUUCUGGCCGCCAUUGUCAUCGUGGUUGUGGCCACUCAAGGCAGCAAUGAUGCUUUGCAUGCUUUUGGCAAUACCGCAGCAGCACCAACAACAGCAAUACUCCUCCUCAUGCUGCUCCGACGCCGUUUCGGCAUGGAGAUCAAGAUUUCGCGGCUGCCAGCUUGACGCCCUCCAUCAAACCUAUAGAGCUCGGGAUGGAAAUGGCGGUAGAGUCCCAUUCUGA